AUGGAUCCAGAAGCUCGCGCGCUGCUUUCGUCUGAGAUAAUGACGCUGCAGGCGGCUUUGAUUCAUGGACUGACAGAAGCGCCUCAAGUCAACCCUACUCACAAAUCGACCAUCCAGUCUGCAAGUCCAGGUGCACCAGAAGAACCUAACGCGACAGCAACAGGUCUCACCACGAAUGACGAAGGGUCAGAUGCUGUGAAAUAUGACGGUGCAUCAGUCGCUCCAAACCCGUGGCCACCAAUCCCAGAUCUUACCGACAUCCCAGGUGCUGAGCUGCGCAAGCUCCCUGAGGGGGAUAUCAAAGAGAACGAGAUCUAUGGCCAAGUGUACUCGAACACCUUUCGCGAGCUGCAGAUCGGGAACGACCAGCAUGAGAGAUUCUACGAUGGUGUCAUACGCGUCAUUCGCAACAAGCACCCUGAGGAGAUCAAACGUGGUACAGAGGCCAGCUUGAAGCAACUGACCGAUCUGACUCUCCGUGGUUUUGGCUACAUCGUCUGGAAAGAAGGCUCGACUUGGCUCAUUCCCGCCGAUGAACUGGAUGAGGACGAAGUGAGACUGGUGCAUGUGAGGGGCGCUGGCAUAGAGAACGCAGACAAUGCACGAUUCUAUCCACUCUUCCGUGACCUCUGGAUUUUGAUGCGAAACCUCAUGUUCGAGCACCGUGGUCCUCCAAGACGCCAAAGACGAGCAACACAGCGACCACGAGCUCGCAGACAGACCCGCCGUGAGCGUGAAGAAUCUCCCUACCUUGCCGACGCCGACUCAGACUUUUCUCCUCCACCACCAGCUCCAAAGAUGAGUGACUCUCAGCGCAAUCAAGUCAAGUCCGCUCGCCGACAGGACAAUCUGGAGGACAUGAUCGGAACCGCGCUUGCAGAGAACCGCAUGUUGACAGCUGAAGAGACUGGAAAAGCAAUCCUCGAUCUGACUGUCCGUCUGUCCAAGAUUCGAACCCGAAGCGAUCCAGACUCCUUCGCUACAUUGUGGGAAGAGCAUAUCAUGCGAAUUGAAGAGAUUGAUGCAGCAGUCGAGGCCAAUGGCCAAGCCUACACCACAGAGGCGGAGGCACCCAUUUUCAAUGGUGGUGUUGCUCCCACCCAGUUCGGUUCCUCCCAAGCCAACGAGCCAUGGAACGGCAACGGCAAUCCUCUUGGGCCCGUCUUCCCGGAUGCCAACAUGGUGCAACCCGUCCGCCCGGCCGAGAUGUCGGUAUACAUCACGGUCCAACACCUGUCGUCGCUCGCUUUGCUGCCGGAGAACCUCAAUGCCAUGUUCAAUCCGACGGCCGCCGCCUCGCGCCCAGCGCAACAGGCAUACCACUGGCCCGAUGCUCCGGUGGAAGAACUCGAGAUUACGAGAUUCUUUGCGGGCGUCAAUCGCCGCAUCAACGACAAGACCGACAAGAUCCUCGGCUACAUCUUCAGCUACGGCUGGAAUGAUACCUUGCGCUUCGUCUCCACUGGUCGGUUCGAGUGCCGUGCCCUUGCCAAGGAAGACGAGAACGGGUCGCCAGAUGCCAUGGACGUCAACGGCUUCCCGAUCUACAAGAAGACCAAACGUCCGAGACCCCAGGCCAAGAAGCCAAAUGGUUCUGGUUUGGUCGACUUCCAUGAGGCGCAGUAUGAGUUCCUGGGCAUGGGCUGGCGUCAACUUCAGGAAGACUUGGAUUAUGCGGCGAGGAACGGCGUGCGAGUCUACAGAAUGAAGGUUGGCGUUGUAGCUCUGGCACCGACUCCCAACACUUAG